CAGAGUUAAGGUCACGUCAUUGUCCUCACCCUGUAGGUUUCAUCAUCUCUCAUCACAGGAACUAAGAUCUGCUCGUGCUCCUGAUCGAUGAAAACACAAUAAAAGGUUGCCCAGCAUCAUGAGUCAGAGGACGGAGCGACGAGGGGGGAUACACGUGGACCAAUCGGACCUGCUGUGCAAAAAGGGAUGCGGUUACUACGGCAACGCGGCUUGGCAGGGCCUGUGCUCUAAGUGCUGGAGGGAGGAGUACCAGCGGGUACGGCAGAAACAGAUCCAGGACGACUGGGCCUUGGCAGAAAAGUUGCAGCGCGAGGAGGAGGCAGCAUAUGCCAGCAGUCAUGGACCGCAGACACAGCCCCAUCCUCAGUCCACAGCCGCACAACCACACCCGGGGCACGCCUCUCUGGGACCCUUCUCCAAGUUUGAGGAGAAGAAGACAAACGAGAAAACACGGAAAGUGACCACCGUUAAGAAGUUCUUCAGCCCUUCAUCGCGUUCUGCUCCCAAGAAAGACACCCAAGAGGGCAAGACACCCAGUCCGUCCAUGAGCCGCCGUGCUAGCUUCGACACAGACCAGGUGUCCAAGGACUUUGUGGACUUCUUGAAGAACCUCCAGAAGCCCGGCCGUGAGAUCCACAAGCAGUGCCGAGCCUUCAUCGUGAACAUGUCGAGCAAGAAGACUCAGGACCUGAGUGCUGACGAACUGUCGGAGUGCGUUCAGGAUUUCUACCAGAACUUGGCCGACCGCUUGAUGGGUCACUUCAAAGGCUCUUCAGAGUCUGUGGAGCAGGUGAUGGACCAAGUGGAGAAGUACAUAAUGACUCGUCUGUAUAAGAGCGUGUUCUGUCCGGAAACCACAGAUGACGAGAAGAAGGACUUGGCCACGCAGAACAGAAUAAGGGCGUUACACUGGGUGACCAUCGAGAUGCUGUGUGUGUCUAUGGAUGAAGAAAUCCCUGAAGUCUCUGAGAAUGUGGUCAAAGCAAUAACAGAUGUCAUCGAGAUGGACUCGAAGAGGGUUCCUCGGGACAAACUCGGGUGCAUCACGCGCUGCAGUAAACAGAUCUUCAGUGCCAUCAAGACUACCAAGAACGAGCCGGCGUCAGCUGACGACUUUCUCCCCGCGCUCAUUUACAUCGUGCUAAAGGCUAACCCUCCACGACUUCAGUCCAACAUCCAGUACAUCACCCGCUUCUGUAACCCCAGCAGGCUGAUGACCGGAGAGGAUGGAUACUACUUCACCAACCUGUGCUGUGCGGCAGCCUUCAUUGAGAAGUUGGACGCUCAGUCUCUCAAUCUUUCCCCGGAGGAAUUCGAACGCUACAUGUCGGGCCAAGCGUCGCCGCGGUGCAACAACUCAGAGGGCGACUGGCCCAACGCCGACCCGGCACCGACCCCCAUCAACCCCGUCCUGGCUCAGCUCAAUCACAACCUGGAGGUGCUGUCGGGCCUCAGCAGCCGGCAGGAGUCGCUGAUGGAGGCCGCUCAGAGCCUGCAGGCCGACCUCCUGUCCUGGCCCGACAGCGUGCAGCGGGAGGUGCAUAACAUCCUGGAGAAAUACCCUCUGGAGGUUCUGUCUCGCAACGUUUCUGCCAUCGAUGACAACGACGCGGACAAUGACAAUCUGCCACCGCCCCUCACGCCCCAGGUGUUUGCUGGGUAGUGGAGUCUACGAGUCUACUCCUGCUUUGAAUUUGAUGGCAACGUCCCACAUGCUCUGAUCUUCUGAAUAUCUCGCUGAGCUUCUGCACCUCCAAACGCCUGGUCACACCAGUAUUUAGAACAUUUGCAGCAAAAUCAGUUCAUUUCAAUGGAAUCGCAGCGAUCAGUGCGGCGAAAUAAAUCUGCUCAAAUCUUUCAUGUCAAUGUCGAAAUCUGUGCCGUUGAUCAAAAGCAAGUUGUCUGGACGGUGCCGACCUUCGAGGGAACGGAGAGUCCAAAUGGAGGACGUUAAUGUAGCUUAUUAGUUGUGUCAAGUAACUAAGUACAUUUAGUCAAGUACUGUACUUUAGUACAGUUUUGUGGUACUUGUACUUUACUUGAUAUGUUGCUACUUAUACUUCUACUCCACUUCAUCAGAUAAAUAGUCACUUUGCAGAUUGAGAUGAACAAUACAGAAUACUAAUACUAAUACUAAUACGUUAUGAUGUAAUAUAAUUCAGGAUUCCUGCAGAUCCUUAAAAAGACGUCAUUCAUUUAAAAAUAAAGAUUUAAUUAAUAUUAAAAUGUCUUAAAAAUAAUCUUUCAAAAAGUCUUAAAAUGCUGAGACACGGGAUGUAGGAUUUUAUGAAUUGUUUUUUCAGAUGUAAAAUGUAAAAUUCCUUAAAUGGUCUUAAAUUUAACUCCUAGUGGCAUUAAAAAAGUCUUAAAUCUAACUUGCCUGAGGCCACACAGCAGUCUAUAAGGUUUAAAGGUUAUUUAACCAGCUGCAUCAUUAAAGUGAUGAACAUCAAUAAUUAUAAUCCAAGCUAAGUGUCUGUUUCUGGGAGGCAGUUGGAUCUGUUCGCUUUGGUUCUUUUUUUAUUUUUUUCUUCUUUUUUUCUUUCUAUUUUUUUU